AUGCUGUCGCGGUCCUCGCGCAUGAACUGUUCAUCCCAGUUCUCCGCCCCACCGCUGCCUGAGAUGGAUCUCUUUACCUAUAAUGAUGCUCACAGGGUAUGGAUCUGCCGCCCAUGUGGGUAUGCAGUGCUCAUUUCCCAUCUCCAAAGCCAUCUGGCCACCCGGCACAGGAAGCAUCCCUCCGCCGCAACCCCAGCUCUCCGGGUCCCCGCCCAGGCCCUGAUGGGCCGGCGACCGGCUUGGGAUCCCACCCAGGGUGCAUGUGUGCCCCCACCCCCACAGAGCGCCCCCGUGCCUGGGCUGCCAGUCUACCAGGGGUACCGCUGCCCGCGCUGCCCCUAUGUGGCGCGGGCCCUGAGUAAUCUGCCGAAGCACCAGCGGCAAGCCGACCCGGAUAAGAGACAUUUCGAAAUCUUGAACAGGGCCUAUCUACGUGGGACAAGUCAAUGGCUAGUGCGAGCAUCCGCUGGUGCUUGA